AUGGCUAGGAAAAGGAAAAACGUGAGCAGAAACCGAAAAAUCAAAGAUGAUCAUAGACAACCAGACAACAACGGAACAUACACAGCCGAGUUACCUAGUAAUGUCAUCGACCAAAUCCUCUCUCUCAUUUCCACCAAACGUGCCGUCCGCGCCGGCCUUCUUUCAAAGGAAUGGGGACACUUAUGGUCUUCGGUUCCUGUGUUAGAUUUCGACGAAGACGAGGAUGGAAAGCCUGGUGAUAAGCUUCAACGAAGAAAGUUCAUCAACUUCAUAAGAAGGUGUUUGAAGCGCCGUCGAAAAGAUAAGUCCAACAUAGACAAGUUCAGGCUUCACAUGAGGUACUAUGGAAGUCUUACUAGCGUAAACCAGUGGUUGAGUUUAGCUGCGGAGAGAAAUGUGAAAGAGCUAGAAAUAUCCUUUAUAAGAGAAAAAAACCCCGGGACGAGAUCUCACAGACCCUUCUACUUACCACAAACAAUUCUCAAUAAUGCGAAAUCCUUGACCACCCUUAAGUUGGAGAGUGUGACCGUGAAGGACAGCAUUGACGCCGUAAGUCUUCCUUCUUUGAAAACCAUGUCCCUAGAACUAGUGCAAUUCAGGAGUUCCUUGUCAUUGAUGCAGUUAAUAUCUGGAUGCCCUUCUCUAGAGAGAGUGUUGAUAACUUCAUGCACCGGCCUCUCGGAUCUUAAGAUUUUGAGUUCGAGCCUCAAAUCCUUGGAAGUUGUGAAUUGCUACGUGCAGGGUAUUAAAGUUGAAGCUGGGAAUCUUGAAUCUUUGAAGUUUUAUGGAAACUUUUGUAGCCGGUAUAUGUUUCACACCUUCGACAUUUUCACAUGUCAAAGAGUUAGAAGCAUAGAGUUUCGUGCCAUAUUCUUGACAGACGCAUGGUGUAAAGGCUUCAAUUUGAGUUUUCCCCUCCUAGAGAGUCUGGCUUUGCAUCAAUGCCUCUGGGAUUACUGGGAAUUCGAACAAAUCAAAAUCUCUAGCCAGAACCUGAAACGUUUCGUAUUUUCCGAUUCAGGAUGCAUCAAGCCCUUCUUUUUACUGGACCUUCCUAAUUUAUCAGAGGCUAGAAUCGACCUCCGGUAUAGACCUGUGGAGUCUGCUAUCCCAUGGGAUUUCAAAUGUCUGAGAAAUUGUCUUGAAAAUUUCAAUACCUCUAGGAAACUAAUUCUACAUGUUACCUUACCUCAGCUAUGUACUUUUCCUGAAUGGAUCAGGAACAACUACCCCCCACCGUUACCUAGUCUCAAGUAUCUUGAGGUAGAAAUAAGUGAUUCUACAACUGCAGCAACAGAUUCUGCCUUGAUGGACUCGUUGCAUUGGAUGGCACCAGUCUCUCAAGUUUCUAUCCAUUAUGAAACAACAUCUGCUUAG